GCCCCAGCGGCUGCGUCCCUGCGGGCCAGGUGUCCGAGUCCGCGGGGCGGGAAGGGGCCCCCAAACAAGGAAGCGUCGCCUGCGGGGCCUCGCCCCUGCUCUUCUCUGCUUGAAGGGUCAACCCCCACUCUCUAAACUCAGAAUUCCUAAUUUUAGGUUCUACCCUUGUUAGAGUUGAGAUGGCAGGUUCACAGGGAGCCAUAACCGUAGUCUCUUCCAAGCCUGCCCCUGUCUUUUGGGUGUACCCCUCGCCCUCCAUGAAUUCGGAUCUCCAGCUGGGUUCAGUCUAUUGAUUCCUACCCCAGCAUGAUGGGGAGCUUCGUUCCGGGCUCUGUUGGCAGCUGCCCAGAACGGUCUCCAGCCCAGUUAGCUUAGUUUGGGUCACAAGCUGCGUCUUCUGCAGGAGAAAUCCUGAUUGAGCCGUUCCAGAAGCCGAGGUUUUAUCUUCCGAAGUGUAUUUUGCGUUGUGGGAACCCGGCGCACAAGCUUGCCUCUUUGUUGUUAUUCCCGCAGACCUUUUACCUCUUUCAGUCAUUUUAUUAGCCUGUGUUUGCUAACCCCUCAGGGGCCUGGAGACAGGUUUUCUUUAAUAUUUUGGUUGCAAGGGAGGAGGAUCAUUCUGGAAUUGAAGAUGUGAAUCUAAUUUCUGUUAGGAGUGGGGGAGAAAGCUGACUGCUUUUCAGUUACUGGAACUGCUGGAAGAGAAAGGGAUGCAUAACUUGUUCCCACUGUGUAAGUUGUGUUUCUGAAACUAGGAAUUUGUCUUUCCCCUUGUUUUCCUAUCUCUUCACCUUUUGAGUUCUUCCUCAUCUUGCCUGCCUUAAGAGAGAAAUGUUCACAGAAGGUUCCAGGCCUGUAUAACAUGCCUUCAGUUUGGAUUGAGACUUGCCGGUCUAGUCCUGUCUAGGACUUGGACCGGGCAGUUGAGAGUUUCUCAGAGUACUCAUCAGUACUGCUUUCCCUGUCUUCAGAUGUUAAGGCUCCUGUUCUGUGCUUGACAUCUCUGGCGUGUGUAGAUGGAGAUGUUGAUAGGUUAGUGGGUGUUUUUUUUUUUGGACCAUUGUUAGCUACUUGAAGACCAGGGUGAUAUUUUCAUUUUCUGUCACACCUGAUUCAGCAGUUGGUACAAAGUUGUCACUCAGAAAAUUUUACACACACACAUACACAUAUACUGGAGGCAAUUUUUUUACCCUGAAAUUCUGUUAAUAAGGCUUCCCUUUGAGUGACUCCCCCUUGACCUCUUUUUCUGCCCCAGAAACAUAAAAUAAUUCUUUUUCCUCCUAGUGCUGUUCUUCUCGUUUACGACCUCCGCGUCUGUGUUUUCAUGGCGCUGAAGUAAGGGCAAAGUCCAUGAAGUUGAUUUUUUUCUUGCUUCUAAUGUUGAGUCUCUUCCAUUUAUUUGUAGAUUUAACUGAAAUUGGGAUUGGAGGUAAAUUUCACCUUGGGGAAUUGGCAUGGGAAGAGAAUGAAGAGUAUGUUGUUAAGGAAAAAGUGAAGUUUGACACAUGGAAAUUUUUUUCCAGGAAUGUCUUCUUACAAAUUAGCACUUAAGAAAUGGCUUUUUUUCUAUUUAACUGCCUGGGAACUCUGGAUGCUGUUACCUCUGGAGAAGAAGUCCAGGCAAGGACUUGUUGCAGACUUUAAUGUCUUUGGAAUUUACCUUUCAUGAUGACCUUGGGGAGGGUCAGAGGUCAGGCUCCUGCUUAUUUUAUCCGUAUUUCUGUCGUCUAGGCUCUCAAACCAGCCGGGAGGAGACUGCUUCUUACUACAGCUGCUCAGAAGCACCACUGGAAGCUCAGCAGAUGUGGGCACCCCAGCCAGCAACAGAAAGGGGUGCAGGGAAGCCACAGAGAAGCCCCUUCUGAUGCCUCAAGGAGCAAGCCGACCCCUUCCAGGCUCUAGGAACACCACAAAGCAAUAUGAAACCUGUUCAUGAGAGGAGUCAGGAAUGCCUUCCACCAAAGAAACGAGACCUCCCCGUGACCAGCGAGGAUAUGGGGAGAACUACCAGCUGCUCAACUAACCACAUACCCUCCAGUGAUGCCUCUGAAUGGUCCCGAGGGGUUGUGGUGGCCGGGCAGAGCCAGGCAGCAGCCAGAGUUGGCUUGGGGGGUGAUGGAGCUGAGGCCAUCACUGGUCUGACAGUAGACCAGUAUGGCAUGCUGUAUAAGGUAGCUAUGCCACCUGCCACCUUCUCACCAACUGGCCUCCCAUCUGUGGUGAAUAUGAGCCCCUUGCCCCCCACAUUUAAUGUAGCGUCUUCACUGAUUCAGCAUCCAGGAAUCCACUAUCCCCCAAUCCACUAUGCUCAGCUCCCAUCCACUUCUCUGCAGUUUAUCGGGUCUCCAUAUAGCCUUCCCUAUGCCAUGCCACCUAAUUUCCUACCGAGUCCCCUCCUUUCUCCUUCUGCCAACCUUGCCACCACUCACCUUCCUCACUUUGUGCCAUAUGCCUCACUCCUGGCAGAAGGAGCCACCCCUCCCCCACAGGCUUCAUCCCCAGCCCACUCGUUCAACAAAGCCCCCUCUGCUGCCUCCCCACCUGGGCAGUUGCCACAUCACUCGAGUACUCAGCCACUGGACCUCGCUACAGGCCGGAUGCCCAUUUAUUACCAGAUGUCCAGGCUGCCUGCUGGGUAUACCUUGCAUGAAACCCCUCCAGCAGGUGCUAGCCCAGUUCUGACCCCUCAGGAGGGCCAGUCUGCUCUGGAAGCAGCCGCUGCCAAUGGAGGACAGAGACAGCGAGAGCAAAAUUUAGCAAGACGGGAAAGUGAAGCCCUUGACUCCACCAACAGCAAGGGUGAAGGCCAGGGACUGGUGCCUGUGGUGGAAUGUGUGGUGGAUGGACAGUUGUUUUCAGGUUCUCAGACUCCACGGGUAGAGGUGAUGGUGCCGGCACACCGGGGGACUCCGGAUACUGACCUCGAGGUCCAGCGGGUGGUUGGCGCUUUAGCUUCUCAGGACUAUCGUGCGGUGGCAGCUCAGAGGAAGGAUGAACCCAGCCCCCUCAACCUGUCCCAUCAUACCCCUGACCAUCAGGGUGAGGGGCGAGGGUCAGCCAAGAACCCAGCAGAGAUGGUAGAGAAAAAUCAGGCCCGAGGCUUCUACGUUCAAUCCCAUCAGGAGCUGGUGAAACAUAGACCUUUACCCAAAGCAAUGGUUGUAGCCAAUGGCAACCUGGUGUCCACUGGAACUGACCCAGGCCUGCUGCCUAUGGCCUCGGAGAUCCUGGUGGCAUCAAGUGUGGACAUGCAGGCGAGAGCCACCUUCCCAGACAAGGAGCCAACGCCACCCCCCAUUACCUCCUCCCACUUGCCUUCCCACUUCAUGAAAGGCGCCAUCAUCCAGCUGGCCACGGGGGAGCUAAAGCGGGUGGAGGACCUCCAGACCCAGGAUUUUGUGCGCAGUGCCGAAGUGAGUGGGGGGCUGAAGAUUGACUCUAGCACAGUUGUGGACAUUCAGGAGAGCCAGUGGCCUGGAUUUGUCAUGCUGCAUUUCGUGGUUGGGGAGCAGCAGAGCAAAGUGAGCAUCGAGGUGCCCCCCGAACACCCCUUCUUUGUGUAUGGCCAGGGUUGGUCCUCCUGCAGCCCUGGGCGGACUGCACAGCUCUUCUCUCUGCCCUGCCAUCGGCUACAGGUGGGAGAUGUCUGCAUCUCUAUCAGUUUACAGAGCUUGAACAGUAACUCAGUUUCUCAGGCCAGCUGUGCUCCCCCAGGCCAGCUGGGUCCCCCCCGAGAAAGGCCUGAGAGGACAGUGUUGGGACCCAGAGAGCUAUGUGACAGUGAGGGGAAGAGCCAGCCGUCAGGAGAGGGUUCCUGUAUGGUAGAGCCCACCCAGCCUGAGCCUGGUGCUCAGGCGUGCUGGCCAGCCCCAAGCUUCCAAAGAUACAGCAUGCAAGGGGAGGAGGCACGGGCCACCCUGCUUCGUCCCUCUUUCAUUCCACAGGAGGUGAAGCUGUCCAUUGAAGGGCGUUCCAAUGCAGGAAAGUGAACCUGUUUCCCAGACCAGGACUGGGGCUUUUCCCCAGAGCUGAGCCUCACCGUGAGCAGGCAGAGGAUUUGCACACUCCGAGCAGGGAAUGGCUCUCUUGGCAGUGAGAUUUGGGGGUAGAGGAGGAGUGAAGGCAGCCUCCCAAGGCAGGGCCUGCUGCUCAUUACCCCAUGGCAUCCUUUCAGGACAGCCCCAGAGGGUACCGUGAUGGGGAGCAGCAGGCCUGGACCAAGGAAAGAAGGGGGUGUGCAGGAUAAGAAACAUUCCAAAUAUCAGGGCCUCCUCCUUUUCCUCCCCAUCCCUAGCUCCUGCAAGGGGAAAAUCCAGGCUUUGGGAGCAGGUGGCAGAGGGAGGGAGCGAAGAAAGAGCCAAAAAUGAUCCACAGCUUACAGUAGCAGUUAAACUGUCCGAAGUUUUUUUCCUUUCUUUUUUGUGGUGGGAGGGCGGGAGGCCCCACAGUUGGAAGUAGGGGGGUUCCCACCCAGAACCCUUCUUUUGAGAGAUGUGCACUUUAAAGAGUAAUUUUGUUACAGAUGUCUAUGGCUGGGUUUGUGGGCAAGGAGCACUCUUCUCUUCAGGACUCUGCUUGAUCCUCUGCUUCAGCCCCUCCCCAUCUCUCACCAUUCCUCCCACAAGGCAUCUAGCAACUUGGGGGUCAGGGGAGAGAUAAGCCCCUGCAGGGUUUAGAAUGAAGUCUUGCCUUGUUGCGGACCCCAUCGGGGAGCUUUGGGAGAAAGACCUGAUGGUUAGGCUGACCGGUUCUAGGCAGGGCCUCUGGGAAGGUAGCUGACCUAACAAAGGUCCUACUCGGCAUGCCUGACUUGCUUCAAAAUUUCACUGACUCUAGUUGAUAAUGGUGACUUUUGAA